AUGAUCAGCAAAAUCAAAACAAGAUGGGACAACCUAACAAGUCCUUCUGAAUUUAUCCUAUUGGGCCUCUCCUCUAGGCCUCAGGAUCAGAUGCCUCUCUUUGUCCUAUUUCUAACAAUUUACCUGGUCUCCCUGAUGGGAAACCUGGUCAUUAUCCUGGCCAUCUAUUCGGAUAUUCACCUACAGACCCCCAUGUAUUUCUUUCUGAGAAGCCUGUCCUUUACUGAUAUUUGCUACACAACGGUUAUUAUUCCAAAGAUGCUGAUAAACUUCUUAUCAGAGGUAAAGACUAUCCUCUAUAGUGAGUGCAUGACCCAGGUCUAUUUCUGCCUAUCCUUUGGUAACGUAGAUAGUUAUGUCCUAGGGGCCAUGGCCAUUGACCGCUAUGUGGCCAUAAGCAAACCCUUUCAUUACAUCACCAUCAUGAGCUCUAAAUGCUGUAUCCUUCUACUGGUAAUCUCCUUCAUCGUCCCAUUUCUUCACUCGCUCCUCCAAGUCCACUUGCUGAAUCGACUCACCUUCUGUGCCUCCAACGUUAUCCAUCACUUCUUUUGUGAACUCAAGGCAAUGCUGAAGUUGUCCUGCUCAUCUACAUCUGUCAAUGAGAUAGUGAUAAAGACAGAAGGACUGUGUGUUGUAAUGGUCCCCAUUACCUGCAUCAUCACCUCUUACUUGAGAAUCCUCAACACUGUUCUCAAGAUCCCUUCAACUGCUGGGAAGUACAAGGCCUUCUCUACCUGUGGCUCCCAUCUCACCAUGGUGACCCUGUUUUACGGGAGUAUUAGCUAUGUCUAUUUCCAUCCUCUGAACAGCUAUACCAUCAAGGACCAGAUAGCCACAGUUAUCUACACUAUGUUAACGUCCAUGCUGAACCCUUUUAUCUACAGUCUGAGAAACAAAGACAUGAAACAGGGCUUGGGAAAGCUGAUAGGUAGGAUAAAGUUCCAAUGA